AUGCUAGGGCUGCUGCUGCUGCUGAACUGGGGGCCGUGUGGGCACCUUGUCCCCCCACCCAGGCUCGAGUUGGCGGUCAGUGCGGCCUUCCUGCACUGCAGUGGGCUGGGGGCAGGGAGGGAGCCCAGCCCUGCCGUGGGUGACGCUGUGGCCCCCUGGGGGCCACUGACCCGUGGGGCCGUGACGCUCAGCCACACUCCCGUCGUCACGGAGAUGUCAGGCGGGACGCUGCGCCGGGAAGCAGGGGCCGGGUAUGGGCCUCCAGGAGUGGCUCCCAAGAAGCUGCCUGGUCUCAGAGGCAAGCCCGCACCCGGCGCUGACAAGACUCUGGUAUGGACGGUGGCCUCUGGCCUCCUGCUCUUCCUGGGGCUGCAUGUAGGGGCCUGGCCCAGCCUGGGGCCUCCCCAAAGUCCCUGUGUGCAGUGCCGCCGCCCCGCCCGGCCCCCUGCUGUCCCCCACCACACAGGGGAGCCGUGGGGGCUGCUGCCCUGCGUGCACCCUACUGUGGACAUCUCCAUCCUCAAAGGCGAGAAGGGCGAGCCAGGGGUCGCAGGUCCCUCUAGCAGCAGCGGGAAGGAGGGUCUGCCAGGCGCCCGCGGCCUCCAGGGCCGCAAAGGCCAGAAGGGGCAGGCAGGGCCACCGGGCUCCCUGUGUCCACGCACCUGCGCGGCCUUCUUGGUGGGCCGGCGGGAGGGCCUGCACAGCACUGACCGCUUCCAGGCCGUGCCCUUCGACACGGAGCUGGAGAACCUGGAUGGGGCCUUCCACCUGCCGUCCGGCCGCUUCCUGUGUGCCGUGCUGGGCGUCUACUUCCUGAGCCUCAGCGUGCACACGUGGGACCACAAGGAGACCUACCUGCACAUCAUGUGCAACGGGCGGGCCGCCGCCGUGCCGUGCCAGCCCAGCGAGCGCAGCGUCAUGCAGACCCAGAGCCUGCUGCUGCCACGCGCCGGCAACGCCGUCUGGGUGCGCGUGUUCCAGCGUGACCGCGACAACGCCAUCUACGGCGAGCACGGCGACCUCUGUAUCACCUUCAGCGGCCACUUGGUCAAGCCAGCCACGGAGCUGUAG